AUGGGGAUUAUGUGGAUGGGUUUUCUGAAAUUGCUAGUGUUAGCUAUGAUAGUGUUUGAGGUUUGGAGAGCUAUGGGUGCUGAUGAGGUUCAAUGCAUAGAGAAGGAGAGGGAAGCCUUACUUCGCUUUAAGGCUGCUCAUGGGAAUGAUUCUUCCCUUGUCAGAUGGUCUUCAUGGGGUAGCAAACAGCACAAGACAGAUUGCUGUGAAUGGGAGGGAGUCUUCUGCAACAACCAAACUGGCCAUGUCAUCAAGCUCCAUCUUCCUGCUGAUUUUCCAUCGUUCCCCUUGAAAGGUGAGAUCGAUGCGUCACUGGUGGAGUUACAAUACCUGAUGUAUUUGAACCUUAGUUUCAAUAAUUUUGAAGACAGCUCCAUCCCCGAAUUCCUUGCCUCUCUAACACACUUAAGAUACCUUGAUCUCCACUAUUGCGGUUUAAGUGGAGCCAUACCUCAUCAGCUUGGAAAUCUCUCGCAGUUGAGGUAUCUUGAUCUCUCAGGCAAUUACCAUCUUGGAGGAGCAAUACCUCGUCAACUUGGAAAUCUCGUGCACCUCCAGCAUGUCGAUCUUUCGGGAAAUAAUUUUACAGGAUCAAUACCUCAUCAGCUCGGAAAUCUCUCGCAAUUGAGGUAUCUUGAUCUCUCAGGCAAUUACUAUCUUGGAGGAGCAAUACCUCGUCAACUUGGAAAUCUCGUGCACCUCCAGCAUGUCAAUCUUUCGGGAAAUAAUUUUACAGGAUCAAUACCUCAUCAGCUCGGAAAUUUCUCGCAAUUGAGGUAUCUUGAUCUCUCAGGCAAUUACUAUCUUGGAGGAGCAAUACCUCGUCAACUUGGAAAUCUCGUGCGCCUCCAGCAUGUCGAUCUUUCGAGUAAUAAUUUUACAGGAUCAAUACCUCAUCAGCUUGGAAAUCUCUCACAAUUGCAGUAUCUUGAUCUCUCAUAUAAUAGUCUUAGCGGAGUAAUACCUUAUCAGCUUGGAAACCUCUCCCACUUGAAGUAUCUUGAUCUCUCACAUAAUACUCUUAGCGGAGUAAUACCUUAUCAACUUGGGAACCUUUCCAACUUGCAGAAUCUUCUUCUACGCUUUGCAGGUACUCUCCAGAUUGAUAGAGAAAAUGGUGCUGCUAGACAUGAGUGGCUGUCUAGUCUUACUUCUUUGACCCUUCUAGAGCUGGGAAAUGUGAUUGAUCCUGAAUAUUGUCACAAGUGGUUGCAAAUGAUUGCAAAGCUGCCCAACUUGAAAGAGCUAACUAUAGUAUACAAUGAUUUUUCAGAUGAGUGUAUCCUCUCCUUACCCUCUUUAAAAUUCAAUUCAACUUCUUCUCUUUCUAAAUUGGAUUUCACGGGGAAUAAUUUCAAGUCAUCUGCAGUAUUCCAUUGGAUCUUAAAUAUCAGCACCAACCUGCUUGAUCUUAGUCUUCCUUCCAACCACCUGAAAGGUCCAAUCCCUUAUGAAUUUGCUAGUACCUUGAAUUCUCUUGAGAAUCUAGACCUUAGUCGUAAUGAAAUCACUGGCACACUGGUAAACCUUUCCACAUGCCCAUCUUUAAAGAAUCUUGACAUUUCAAGGAACUCGUUGAAUGGGACAAUACCCAAAGAUUAUCAAUUUCCCUCUUCACUGGUGUCAUUGGAUAUUAGUUUCAACUCCUUAAAAGGCAUUCUCACAAACUCAAAUCUUGCCAAUUUGCACAACAUGAAACUUUUAGACCUAUCUGAUAACUCAUUGACUUUGAGAUUUAGUCAUGAUUGGGUCCCGCCAUUUCAAUUACAAGCCAUCCAUGUGCGGUCAUGCAAGCUAGGUCCUGAUUUUCCGAAAUGGUUGCAAACUCAAAAUAAUUUCACGGAACUUGACAUUUCAAAUAAUGGAAUUUCAGGCACUAUUCCAGAGUGGUUUUGGGGUUUGUUGACACCACAGCUUCGAUACUUGAAUGUUUCAUGCAACAACAUUUCUGGUACAUUGCCAAAUCUUGCCAUUGAAUUCGGUGAACUCACUAUUAUAUCUCUAGCUUCGAAUCACUUUGAAGGCUCACUUCCAAAAUUUCUACAAAAUGCAAUGGCCCUUUUUGUGUCAAAUAAUAGUUUUUCAAAACUUCACACAUUUUUGUGUGCAAACAUGUCAAGUAAAACAUUGGAGAUAUUGGACCUUUCUGAUAAUCAAUUAUAUGGACAGCUUUCUAAUUGUUGGAGUCCUUUCAAAUCAUUGAAGUUUUUAGACUUGAGUAACAACAAUUUCUCUGGAGAACUUCCUAUUUCUGUUGGUUCUCUACAACAUCUUGAAGUAUUAAUCUUGAGAAACAAUGGGUUUACCGGAGAGUUGCUCAUUAAUUUGAGUAAUUGCUCAAAUUUAGUAGUUCUUGAUGCGGCGGAAAACAAGUUCUCUGGAUAUAUACCUUCACAAAUUGGGAAUAAUGAUGGAUUGCAAAAUUUGAGAAUUUUAAUCUUACGAAAUAAUAACAUUUCUGGAAGCUUGUCAACUCAUCUUUGUUAUUUAUCAACCCUUCAAUUUUUGGACCUCUCUUUGAACAUUUUAUUUGGACAAAUCCCCAAAUGCUUCAAAAAAUUCACACAAAUGGCUCUAGACAGUGCACAUUAUUCUGAUGGUGUUUCUUUGGGUGGUUUUUCUCUUUCUUAUGGAAAAGUUUAUUUUGACAUUGAUCCAAUUGCAAUGCUGAUGUGGAAACACCAAGAACGUAUAUUCAAGCAUAGCACAUUAGUUAGAGGCUUUGAUCUUUCAAGCAACAAGUUAAGUGGAAAAAUUCCACGAGAAUUAGGAAUGUUAGAUGGGUUGAUAUCAUUAAAUUUAUCAAGAAAUCAAUUAGAUGGAGAAAUUCCUUCUGAGAUUGGACGUUUAACAUCAUUAGAGUCUCUUGAUCUGUCUAAAAACCAUCUCUCUGGUUCAAUUCCUUCUAGUUUUGCUCAGCUUAAUUAUCUAGCAGUGUUAGACUUGUCAUCUAACAACCUUUCUGGGAAAAUUCCAACCAGCACACAACUGCAAAGUUUUGAUAACUCGAGCUAUGAAGAAAAUCUUGGCCUAUGUGGAGAACCACUUGAGACAAAGUGUCCUGGGGAGGAAGAACCUCAAGAAUCAGUUAAACUCCAAGAAAAUACUGAUUCAAUUCUUUCUAAGGAGUUUUAUUGCAGUAUGGGGUUUGGAUUUGUUGUUGGAUUUUGGGGAAUUUUUGGGCCAAUACUUUUUAAUCGCUCCUGGAGGCACGCGUACUUCAAGUUUCUCAACAAUUUGACUGAUUCUAUCUAUGUUAUGGUUGUAAUGAAGGUGACAAAGUGCAAUAGGUGGCUUAGAGGAGAAACUACAGUGAACAUCUUCAAGCUCAAAAGUGGGGCUACAUGUAGAGCAGGAGACAUGAUGGGCUAA